AUGGCAGCUCUGCAGAACGAUGGCGAUCGGGAUGAUGUCAAGAUUCUCCAAUCACCACAUGCCCGCUUAGCUGGUAUCUUCCUCUCGGCCAUGAGUCUCAACUUUGCUCUUUCUCAAGGACUAUUCGGAAAGUUCGAUAAGUCGAAGCGUGAUCUCCAUAUGUACAUUGGAUACGCUAUAGCCUUUGGAGCACUCGCUCAGUGGAUGUCGGGCAUACGCCUCCUCUUGGCAUGA